CAGGUUAUCCACCUCCGGGAUGGCCGCCCCCACAUGGCUACUGGCCGCCUCCGCCACACCUGGCGGGCUACGGCCGCGACGCAUCCCGAAGUCGAUCACCGCGGCGGGAGGGCAAGUACACGUGUCGAUUCUUUAUUGGCAUCGACAACGACAACAAGUUCAAAGUGGCUCGGCGGAUCAUCGGCGGGAACGGCUCCAACAUGAAGGAGAUCGUGCGGAAGUCGGGGGACGUGGCUAAGCUGCGGCUGCGAGGCAAGGGUUCUGGCUUCGCCGAAAGAGAUACCGGCGAGGAGUCGAAGGAACCCUUGCAGCUUUGCAUCUCGUGCCCGACGCACCGCGGCUACGACAUCGCGCGAAAGUGUGCAGAGGAGUUGCUGCUGGGCGUCUACGACGAGUACGAAGACUAUUGCUCGCAGAAUGACUUGGAGGUGGAAAUGCCGACCAUUCGGAUGACGGAGAGGCAUCUGACUGGGGAAGGUAGCGGCGCUCAAGGUAGUGGCGGCGCGUCAGCUCCCUCGGGAAAGAGGGGAACCCGGCGCAAUCAAAGAAAAGCCAAAGCUGCAACGCCAGCGCCCAAGGAGGAAGACGUGGACCGCGGCGAGCCCCCGGAAGGGGCUCCAGGUGUUGAGGAGAUUGAGCAAUUGAUCUCCGAACGCAACGCGUGUCGCAAGCGUGGCGAGUACAGCAAGGCCGAUGAGAUCCGGGACGAUUUGAAGGACAAGGGCGUGGUGCUCAGUGACGAGAAGGGCGCGCAUGGCGAUGGCCUCACUGUCACCUCCUGGAGGCGUUUUAGCGAGCUGAGCCAGUGA